AUGAAAUCUGAACGCGAUCAAGGUAUGAAGGAGGAAAGAAAGAAAAGACAAAUUGUUAUCAUUUACCAGUAAAAUGAGACAAAAAAAAUUGAAAAUAGCCACAGCAACUCAAUUCUGACCAAAGCUCAUACCACCGACAAAAGUAACCCUUCACCGUGAACCUUCCAAUCAAUUUACUAACUACUAUCUUAUUUUCCUGAGUUUGUCUCUGAAAUAAGGACAGGCCUAAGUUCAUACCGUUGAUCAGAAACAUGGUUAUUCUUAAGGCCCAACCAAUCGAUUACGUUUUUUUACUCCUACUAAAGCUAUUAAAUGAGAGUUUCAAAAUAUUUUUUUUAGCAUGAAACUGUUUUUUUUUUAUCUGUUAAAAAUAUUUACCCUGGUCACGAAAGAUGAAAUGCAACAACAUUAAAAAAAAAAAUGCCGAGAUUUUGCCGAAAUUAAACUAAAGGAAAAAAGAAAACAACAACAACAAUAAUAACCAAAACAAAAUCGUGUCUCCGCCGACUUCAGCAGUCAAUUAGGUCAACUGAAACUUGCUUCAAGACAUCUUAAGCCAAGGUAAACCCACAGUUAUAAAUAAAUACAGGUCUUCAGAAACUGGAACUUUGCUCUGAUGGAAUCUCUAUCAGAGGAGAAAGAAAACCUGACAAACACCUUUCUUUAAGAUAAUAUCACUGGUGUUGUUUUCCAUAAACGUAUCAAGAUGUGGCAUUAAAAGGAACCAAGGUGCAAAUUCCCACUAAUAUGCGUAUGUAAUAACCUGCCUUUCUUAAUGAUAUUUAAGACUACGAACUAUAUUUUAAACGCUGGGAAAAGGGGGUGGAGGAAACCUCAGCAGUGGUCAGUAUUAAAGGCAUGUAAAGACACUUGACCCGAGAAAAUGAAAUUUAUGUUAACGUGUCUUAUAGUAAGUGAAAUUUAUUGUUGUUAAAUACUUUUAAGGCCAUUAUAAUCUGAUAAAAUAAGGUUCGAUUAUUGAGAUAUAAAUAUAAUUAAAUAGAUCAACAUGUUCAUUUCUUUUGCACCUUGCGAACCAACCACAAAACGGACAUUUACAUUUGAACAAAAAGAGCCGAAGUGCUGGAGCAUUUACAUGUUAAGUAAUGUUUACCCUUCCUGGAUACAUGCCAUAUUGUUGAUUUUAUUAAAAAAUAGUAUUUUUUUAAGCGUUCUUAUAUGCAAGGUUACUUGUGUAUAGCUUAAGCAGAGUGUCAAAAUGGGCCCGGCAUGAGAGAUUUGAUGAAAUUAAUGCUUAAUGUCCCCGCAUGGAAAACAAGACACAUAUAAAGGUAUAUGAGCACAGUGACCUAUAUCACUCAUGAGAACGUGAUCACAGACAGUUGUUCCAGGAGGCAACAAAAAUAACAACGAUCUUCCUUUCCUUUCCGUUGAAGGUUACUUAAUUUUUACUGUGUUAUCAUAACAGUAUGGAGAAAUGAAGUCAAAAAUGGCCAAUAAUGACGUGAUAUUAUAUUACUGCAGAAAUAUUUCGCAUGGUGUCAGUUUUAACUUCUGUAACUAAGUGUCAAGACAUUUUUGUUUAAAACAACUGACACUUAAAAGACCAUGAUACUGGAUCUUGCAAACGAAAGGGAAUAAUCGAUUUAGAUAAAAGGCUAAAAUAAAACAGAAAUAUUUUGUUGCACCAUGGAAACCAUUUCGGGAAUAUUUCGAGAAUGUCUCUUAUAUUGUGUUACGACAGUUGUUAUAGGAACGUUUCUGAGGGGAAAGAAAGGGGCAGUGAAGGAUCAUCGCAAGCUCAAUCCUGUGCGUUUUAUGUGUCAUUAGUCUGAAUGCUUGCAACGACAAAGAAAAUGGACACCAUCAAGUCAUUUCGGACGAACGAUCUCUGCAGCGAAAGCGAUUUUCAGAAUAAUUUGAAAAUAAAGCGAACUGUUUCUAUCCAAUAUCAACGAACUCAAGUACUACUUAGGGAAUUGCCGACUGUUUUAACAAAUAUGACAAUAUCCUAGGGAGAUUAAGAGAUUCUAAUAUCAUAGAAGUCUUUGAAAACAUAUAAGUUCCAUUUGCAGCAUAGAAGUACAUCAUUAAUCGAAGAACAAGCUCGGUAAAGAGACUGAAAAGAGAGCAGACCAGCUAUGGCUUCAAAAUUUGUGCUCCUUCUUUGUCUCGUGGCUUUAAUCACGCCACUCUGGAGUUUCCCAUUGCAAACAAGAAUUGGUAGGUCUAAAAUAAGAUUUUAAGAAACCUUUUACUGGUAUUUCAAUUCUCACUUUUAAGCCUUAAAUCAAGGCAACCACCUUUGAUUGUGGUAAGCGACGAAUAGCCAGUUGUGGUUAACUAAUUAAAUUGCAGUACGUGGUGUAUUCAAAAUAAGUCUUCCGUGGUGACUUGUGACUUUUCUUUUCUCAAAUUAGCUUAAACUUAAUAGUAAAUACUCCGCCACAAGAAAAGAAAAAGAUAUCGAGGCCACUUUAGGCCACUUAGGCAUACCUGCUUUUAGGAAUUUUCAUCUUAAACCUACGAAAAAGGUGCCUGACCUUAGAAAUUUCAAUAGUAAAACUGUCUAAAUCACACUUUCUUUAAUUUUAAGUUAAACGUGACGAGUCUUCUGUAAGCGUGGUGGACAAUGGUCCGGAUGAUAAUGGAAACGGUGAAAGUGAAAGCGUUCUUGAUGGUAAGUUACUUUAAACUAUCCUGACUUUGUCUUUUUCUCUACUAGUUUUGGCAAUCUUUCACACUCGAGUACAGUUAAUGUUAAGUGCACACGGGAGAAGCUACAAUAUCUAUCUUGGCAGUAACUUAUCCACUCUAUCCCCUCGGUAACUUUCGGGUCGCCGAAGCAUUUGAAAUCGAGACGUAGAUGUCGAGUCUACUUCGGAAAUCAAUGUAAUUUGAAUAUGAUCUUUGGACUGAUCUUCGGUCACAUUUGAAUUUGUUUUCUAAUCAACAUAGUAUACAUCUAGAUACUCUCAAAUGUUUUUCGAGAUAAUUCACAGUCCUAACCUCAACUCAAAACGUCGAAAAGACCAGACGACUUCCCAAUACUUUAAAUAGUAAUGGCACUAAAGAUACUAUUUGGGUCAACAUGAAUUAGAAGUGAUAUAUAUUUCAUUCAUUUUUAUUUUGUCAUUAACCAGAAAUACAACAACAUUAUACAGAAAUACAUUAAAGAUAAUAGACAAUAUUCCAACUAAAUUAUUUACAAGAUCAAAUGUGGUAAAGGCAGGGAAGCCUAUAUAGAAGCCGAGGGCUUAUAAACUAUCGGUUUCCUGGAACUAUAGGGUAAACCAUACAAGUUAAGGGUACUGAAUGAAAAUUUGGAUUAAUUAAAAAAAAAGAAAGAAGAGAAAAGAAGACAAAAAGGAAAAAGAAAAGGUGUGUAGCUCAACAAAGAGUCAAUUUAACUAAGAAAGAAGGAAUUUUUUUAAGUCUUUUGCUAAACAAACUGAUACUUUCACUGUUUUGAAUUUCCCGACUUAGUGAGUUGAAAAACGUAGGACCUUGAAACCGAAUUGAGAAUUUUCGAAAAUUAGUUAUUAAUGAUUGAAUGAUUUUUGUGAAAAAAAAAAUCGUUCCAGGGAGUUGUUAAUUAAAGACUUUAAGCUAAGUAAAGACGGAUUGAGUCCUAAAUACAAGUCUUUUUUUCUCUCUCAGGAGAUGAGAAUGGUGAUGAAAGCGGUGAUGAGGAUGACAGUGGCGAUGGCGAUGACGGUGACGAUAAUAGUGGUGAUGAAGAUGGAGAUGAUGAUAGCGGUGAUGAAGAUGGAGAUGAUGAUAGCGGUGAUGGUGAUGACAGCGAUGAUGAUAGCGGUGAUGAAGAUGGAGAUGAUGAUAGCGGUGAUGGUGAUGACAGCGAUGAUGAUAGUGGUGAUGAAGAUGGAGAAGAUGAAAGCGGUGAUGGUGAUGAAAGCGACGAGGAUGACAGCGGUGAUGGUGAAGAUGGUGACGAUGACAGCAGAGAUGACGAUGGUGAUGACAGCGGUGAUGACGACGACGAUGACAGCGGUGAUGAUGAUGACAACGACGAGGAUGACAGCGGUGAUGAUGAUGACAACGACGAGGAUGACAGCGGUGAUGGCGAUGACGGCGACGACGACAGCGGUGAUGAUGAUGGUGAUGACAGCGACGAUGACAGCGGUGAUGACGAAGACGAUGACAGCGGUGAUGACGGUGACGGCGACGACGACAGCGGUGAUGAUGAUGGUGAUGACAGCGACGAUGACAGCGGUGAUGACGAAGACGAUGACAGCGGUGAUGACGGUGACGAUGACAGCAGUGAUGACGACGACGAUGACAGCGGUGAUGACGACGACGAUGACAGCGGUGAUGACAAUGGCGAAGACGGCGAUGAUGACAGCGAUGAUGGUGAUGACGGCGAUGAGGAUGAUAGCGGUGACGGUGAUGACGGCGACGAUGAUAGCGGCGAUGACGAUGGUGAUGACAGCGACGAUGACAGCGGUGAUGACGAAGACGAUGACAGCGGUGAUGAAGAUGGCGAAGACGGCGAUGGUGACAGCGAUGAUAGUGAUGACAGCGACGAGGAUGACAGCGGUGAUGGCGAUGAUGGCGAAGAUGAUAGUGGCGAUGACGAUGGUGAUGACAGCAGUGAUGAAAGUGACGAUGGUGAUGACAACGGUGACGAUGGAGACGGUGAUGACACUGCCGACGUUAGUGACUACGGUGAUGAGAACAAUGAUGCUGGUGGUGUUGCAAGUCAGGAUGAUGCAUCUGACUAUAUUGACAAAGUUAUGAAGGGAGAUGAUGCUCAUAGUAUGGUUGGAUUCGAAAACUUAUAUUCCUCUGGUGGACAGAGAACGAGCCAUGGUGUUGUUUCAAUAAUUCUGGGCUUAUCAACAAUCUUACUUUUUAACAUAUUUUAUUAA